CACGUGGUGUUUUGCUUUAGCAGGAAAUGUUUAGAUGAUUAAUAUAUUAAGUUGAAAUAGGAAGUAAUGACAUGGUUUAUAUUUCAAGAUUCUUUCUGUUUUUCCCAUUUCCAUAAUGUGUGUUUGAAGCACGUCUUAUUGGACGAACACAACACCGUACUUUACUACUUGAUCUCACCAAUCAUUACGUAAUACACUAUGUGUGAAGAUAGUGUUAAUCUGACCUGAAUGUUAAAAGUAUUGGAUUAGUAAAGAUAAACAAUACUUAUAAUAAAUGGGAACUAUGUUACAGAGUGAAGAAAUUGUGAUAACGCCAUUUGAACAUCAAGUCGGGGGACAUAAAGUUGUUCUACAAAUUUCGAAAAACUUAAUUUGUAAACCUAGAGAGGACUCUGAGGUUGAAUUCUAUCGUCGACUACCAGAUCAUUUAAAAGAAUGUGUUCCGCGUUUCAAAGGUGAAAUUCAAGUGCAAUAUGUAGAAAAUGAUUCUGGUUUCCAGCUACGUACAAAACUGCCAAUGAAUUUGCAACAAGAUUUUCAGAAUGAAUCCGACAUGCAAAUGGACAAUCAUUGUAUAAACGUUAAAUCAAAGUUGUCUGCACGUGAUAUUAUUCAGUUAGAACAUUCAUCAAGUGAUAGCCUGACGCGAACGUCUGAGGCAAAUAUCAAAAGUUGCAAGACUUGUCAUACUAGUGAUUGGAGUAACCAGUGCCUUAAAAGAACCAUGCAGCAGUACGCAUUGUGGUCCACCAGUUGUUCACAUCAGUUUAUUGUGCUGGAAAACUUGCUUGCUGGUUAUAACAAUCCGUGUAUAUUAGAUAUAAAAUUGGGUCGUAAACAGCGAGCAUUUGAUUGUACAGAGGCCAAACGUCAGCUGUUAGAAAGUCGAUGUGCAAAUUCAACAUCCGCCUCAUUAGGAUUUCGAAUCUGUGGAAUGCAGCUGUUUCAGAAACACACUGGCGAAUAUAUAUCACAGAAUAAAUACAUAGGAAGAGCUUUAGACGAUGAAGGUGCACAGUUGAAUUUAAAACAGUAUUUUCACGAUGGUAUUACAGAAAGAAAAAAGGAAAUGCUAAGCAUUGUGGAAAAACUUAAGCAUAUACAUACAGCAAUGUCCGAACAAACUGUUUUUAGUUUUCUUUCUGUGUCACUUCUCCUCAUCUAUGACAGUAGUGCCGAUUGUAAGAUAGAUGCUCGACUUAUUGAUUUUGCGAAUGCAGUAGUUACAGAUGAUUCCUCUUUAGAUGAAAAACACAAGGAAUGUAAUGUAGACCUUUUAUUUGGUUUAUCUAGUAUAAUUAGUAUUAUACAAGGUUUCUUAUCAUAGAUUUAGUUCGCCUGUAAUGAAUGUCGCAGUAGGCGAGACAUACAUAUAGGUUUCUGACGAUGUUUUCAGCACCUGUAAAGUUUGCUGAUGAUGCCGGAUUCAGAAUAAGAAUUUAGUAAAAAAAAUAAUAAUAAAAUUAAAUUAAAAAUAAUUUCCACUGACGAAAUGAAUGUUUACAGAUAACAUUUUUGGCGUGUUUAAGUUUUCUAGUUACAUUAAUUAGGAAGUACUAAUAUUGGCAUAUGAGGUCAAUCAUCCGCAUACUCCAUAAUGCAUUGAGUGAGAUUGUUUUUAUGUUAUUCAAAUGUAUGUGUGUGCUUAUAUGAAAAACUUGCAUGAAUUUUACGUGUAAAUGAUGCGCCGAUAUUUGGUAUACAGUAGCUUUAGCAUCAAUGUCUUAAGUUUAAAAAAAGAAUGAAAUACUCUGCCAUUUUGAUAUUUUUACAUUAUUAAGAUUUUAAGUUUUCAUUAUUGAAAAAAAUGUAUGAUAGACUUUACCAUAUGGUGUUCUGAAUUAUCAUCAAUAAAACUUGUUUUAAGACUUCAAUAAGACUAUACAGGAGCAGUGGUCUCUCCCGUCAUGAUUCAAUGGUUAGUUUUAAAAUUGUAAUGGUAGGACUAGAUAAUUGGUUAUGAACUUAGUAUCAUUUUCAUGAAAAUUAUGUGGUCUUCAUCAUAUUUAUUUUAUUUCAAAUAAUUUUGCUUUUCAAUGUCGAAAUUAAAAUUCUAAAAUGUUGGAUUUUUCUGUUCAGAGUUUUUAGAAGAUACCCAAUGUAUGUAUACAUUAUAUGGAUAGCAUUUAUUAAAAGGAUGUUAUUCAUUUGGCUGGACAGUGGUAAGAAAUAUAUCCGUAUUUAUGUUUAAACAUGGUUUUAUUUAUGAACAAUCAUCACUGUUGAAGAAACAGUAUUCAGUUGUUUUAAAACUAUAGAACUUCGCAUUCUUAGGACAUUUAACAAACUCUUCAAAGAUGGAUUCCAUUUUAUAUUUGUAUUGUGGCUUCUAAAUAAAUUAGGUUGGCGAAGCAAUUAUUUAUCUUUUACAUGUUGUACCUUCAAUAGUCAAACGAUUCAUGCAAAGCGUAACAUAGAACUAAACUCGAUGUAUAUUUCAACUAUUAAUGCAUAUAAACAACUUCUUUAUGGGAUAAUUAGGUUUUUUUUCAACCGAGCAUCAUUAAAACAAUUGGCGAUCAUAGUCCUGACUGUAUAAACACUUCAGAAAUGAACAUGAUGAAUUGACCCACAAUAUCUGACAAAGGUCCAAUACACCGAGUUCAACUUUCAUUUAAGCUUUCAAAAUAUAUGGACCACGUGUUAACGGUGAUUGUGCCAAUAAUGAUUAUUUGGAUAUAUUUCUUACAAAAGUAGCCAAAAUACAAGAACAAGGAAGUUUAAUAAAUGACCCCCUAUAAAUGUAUAUUGGAAACUAGAACUUUCUGUGUUUCAUUGUUUAGGAUUUCAUGAUGUAAUUGAAAAAUAAUAUUUUCAGUCGAGUUAUGUCAAUUUAGACUUGCAAUCGAUAUAAGGCUAAGCAUUCCAGUUAUCAACAAUUAUUUUUUUGAUAUUAUCUUUCGAACGUUAGAUCAGACAAACUUCGAUGGAAAGGGUUCAUAGAGGGAGUGAAAACUUUUGAUUUUGACAUUUUACCUUCAUAGGAAAAUCAUUAUUUCUUGUUAUUUCUUGUCUAUGAAACCGUGUUAAGCCUUAAUUGUAAAACAAAUCUGCAUGUUGAAGUUUACUCAAUAAAUUUGAGGAUCCAGUAUUAUAAUUUGUAUUUUAUAAAACCAUUAAUAUUACUUAUUUUAAUUAUUUUUCAUAUUAUUAUUAAAUUAUAUAUACUUGUUUUUAAUUUGUUUUAUUUAAAAAAUAUACAUCUUGUAUUAUUGUUAUAGUUAUACAUGUGAAGCUAAUAUUUCAACGUUUUUUUUACACUGCAGAAUUUUCAUAAUGCAUUGUGAUAGUUAUCCAGAAUUCUAUAUCGUCAUAAGAAUUCGAACAAACAAGUUCCUAAACUCUGUAAACGACCAUUUGUGUCUUACUUCAACGAAUUGUUUUCGGUGUCGGCGGCGGCUUCAAACAUGUGUUAUCAAUGUUUGUGAUUAGGUCAGUUUAAUAGGAAUAAGCAUUGGUACAUCUCAUUCCCAUGGAGAUAAUUUGGCCCUUCCCAUUCAAUCAUUGUUUAUUGACUUUGGAAUGUUUGCUUAGUUUAAAAGUUAAAUUUUGUAAUUAGGUAAGUUCAAAGGAAACUACAAAUGGUAAUUCAAUGAUAUUUGGUAUGCAGUUGAACAAGCAUUGGCACAUCUCAUUUCCAUGAAAAUUAUAUGGCCUAGUCCCGUAACUCAUCAUGCGGGUCUAUUGACUUUGCAAUUUUUGCAUAGUUUACAUAUUGAAAUUUGAGAUGAGGUCAUUUAAAGACAUUAACACAACUCAUUUCCAUGGAUACUGCACCUUCAGUCAUGGUUAAUUGAAAUUUGAAUAUUUUGCAUACUUACAUGUUAAAGCAUUGUCAUUUUAAUUUUGACAUUUGUAUUUACCUAUCAAAAUUACAUACAUGAGAGACAUAGUUCUGUGUCAACAGUUUAUUAUGGUUUCUAGUAUUAAUGAGUAUCCCCUGUUCAUUGUACUUGUCAGUAUUAAUGAGUUUCCCCUGUUCAUUGUACUUGUCAGUAUUAAUGAGUAUCCCCUGUUCAUUGUACUUGUCAGUAUUAAUGAGUAUCCCCUGUUCAUUGUACUUGUCAGUAUUAAUGAGUAUCCCCUGUUCAUUGUACUUGUCAGUAUUAAUGAGUAUCCCCUGUUCAUUGUACUUGUCAGUAUUAAUGAGUAUCCCCUGUUCAUUGUACUUGUCUGUAUUAAUGAGUAUCCCCUGUUCAUUGUACUUGUCUGGCCGAUUAAUGACUUACUCUUGAUGGUCGGAUGGUCCUUUAACUUAGUUCAAUUCCUAUUUCCAGUGAUAUCCUUUCCGUACUGACUUUUCAGACAGAAUCGUAAACAAGAUAUGUAUAUUUUAAGGGAUCAAUAAAGACAAAUCCCUAUUUAAGUCGGAGAAAAGGAAAUAACAUACGGUAUAGAUAUUCCUAUUUUGUAUUUACAAAUUAUACCGUUUGGUCAGUUUACAUUUUACAAAUUAUAACAUAUUUUUACUUUUGUCCUAUGUUAUUUGAAAUGUCACUCUGCCUGUACAUUUGUCUCGCUAUUAGAAUUUGCUACAUACGAUAUAGGAAUAACUGCCAUAAACUGUGUGUUCUAGUAGUGCAAUAAACAAUCUGUAUUUACCGUUGAAACAAAACGGAAUACGAUUGAUUGGGAUUUCUCUCGUUUUAGAGAAGUAUCCAAAAUUAGUAAUAAAGCAAGUAUAUUUUUAUAAUAUUAAGAAAGUUUAUUUUCUGGUCCAGUCACGAAACUGAUUUGUUGUUAUAUUCAAAACCAUUAAAAGCUAUUACUGUAAUUAAAUAUGUACUUGGAAAAAAACUGCAAUAUCAUAGUAAUGUUCGAUGUGCCACGAAUUAUAUUUUUUUUAUUCAAAUGCCCAAAAAUAUGCAAUACUUUUUUAUAUUAUAUUAAUGUUUACGGAAUAUUUUUUAAAACACCAGAAAAAAUAUAUAUAAGUAGAUUACCCAGAAACAAUUCGUUUCAGAUCACGUUGGAAGUUUUUACGAGUAAAAUAUUUUCUGUAUCCGAUUUAUAGUUUUCCCGACGUACCGUUGCUUUGUUUUAGUUGCUCAAUGGUGGAAAUUAGGUUACAAAUUGUAAGAUACCUUAUCAUUUUCUUGUGUGACCUGUGUUUUUGUUCAAUUUCCUUCGAGGUUUUGCAAAGACGCUUCGUUUCUGUUAUCAUUUCAUUUACGCAUUCAUUCAUAGAAUCUACAAAAUUUCAAGUUCCUGUCUGAAAGUAGAAAGUAAAAAGUUGAAGGUCGUGUGGUGACCUGUAAUUGCUUACAUCCAUUUGAAAUCCUGAGGAUAGUUGUCUCACUGGCAAUCAUAAAACAUCUCCUUUUUUGUAUAGUAAUUCGGUUACUAUAUUUAGAUUAAUUACAUGUAUCCUUCUUCUCUGAGUUGUGCGUAUUUCUUUUUUGUUAUUGACAAGAUAUCGGGUACACCUUCAUAAUGUAUGAGACGUUUUGCAAAAACAAAACGACCUUUAUUUCAUUAUAUUAGAACUGUUCAGUUCCGUAACGCAUUAAUUCCUUUCUGAAAGUAAACUGAAGAAGUUAUGUUUUAACAUCUAGAUUCCUUCUUUUCUGGAGUUGUGUGAUUGUGUUCAUGAUUCCUUCGAAAUUAACAAGAUAUCGGCUAUAACCUCAUUAUUAACAAGACACUUUGUACACAUGGCUUUUGACGGUCCUUUCAAUUUGGUUGACAGUAAUGACUUUUCGACUCUCUACACUACGCUGUCACACAAUCUUAUCUCGCAGAAAUUUUUCUCAUUAAUCUAAUGGUCCUUUGAAAACUGUGAUCGCAAAUUUUUUUUUGCAACCCAUGUAAAGCAUUUCUGGAAUAAAAAAGGUAAAAAUGCUAGAUACAUACACUUACUGGAACUGUGAUCAGAUUAUUAAAGCUGUUAACUUUCUCCUUGGCAACAUCUAUAUGCAUGUUUCAGCAAUAUUUAUGUUUAUUUCUUACUUAAAACAUAUUGUAUUUGGAAUAAUAACAAUAGGGAUUAAACACAAGACGUUACAUUAAAAAAAUAUUUUCCAAAUGACAUCACUAAUUGUUGAUUUUACUAAUUAUACAUAUUUUUAUAGCUUCUUUAAUAUUUUUGUAUACUUUUGAGUAUUAACAUUCUCCCUGUGUGUUCUGUUAGUUUUAUUGCACAAACUUUAUUAAAAAAUAAAAUGAAAGUAUCUAAAUGAGUACUAAUAAGAAAUUAUACAUUUUAUACAUAAAACAGAUAAUCGUGUGUUCUAGUUAUGAAACGGGUUUUUAUUCUAAAAAUAUAAUGUAUUUUUUUUUUAAAUAUUUGAUAUGUGUUAAGACAAAAAGUGCAAUUACAUUGUAAUGACCAAAAUGCGACCAAUUAUAUUUUUAAAAUUAAAAUGCAUAAAUAAAAUAUUUAUAACAAAGUA